GUCUCUUGCCCGAUCUGGCAAGUCGUUGGCGGGGACCCACGCCUAGUGCUCACCUUGCGUUGAGAGAAGGACGGCUUACAGCAUCGGCUGCUCUACUGGACGACGCUUAUCGGACAGAUUCCGGCAAUCCCUCAAGUAAAUUAAUUAGGCACUCGGCGCGUCGAUUGCGUCGCGACCCUUCACAGAAGACGGAAUUCCGCCGAGCGCAGAUUGAGCAUAUUCGUCUUCGCCAGGAUGCAGCGUGGGCCAAGUUGCUCAGCAGCUUGCACCGUGAGACCUGCAACACGGUUCGCCCGCACAAACGCGUGCACGCCCCGCCCGUCGCCCCCAACUGAAUUCUCCGCCUGAGACGCGGCCGGGCCAGAACUUCGCGAGUGCAAAGAUUGCACGACGCCAGUGAAUCCCAUGCACGCGCUCCGAUUCCGCGUCAACGCGUGUAGCGGCGUGCCAGAUAGGCCGACUCCCGUCCUGUCCCCCUCCCCGCUUCUAACAUCUGACUUCCGGACAUAUCGUCCAAACAGUCUCUCCACAUCCCCAUCCACUUGGCGUGCCGACCCAGUCGCCGCCUCCACGCUCCUUAGUAUACUCCGAUAGCCCAAUCGUACACACACUCUCUUCUAAGUCUCGAGUCCUUCCUCGCUACCCCUCAUCCCCCCACGUACGCGGCGUCACCACGAACAUGGCAUCCGAUCUGCUGCCCUCCGCGUCCACCUUCGCCCUCUCCCUCGGGCUUGCCGCACUCCUCUACGUCGUGCGCUGGCUGUCCGACAGGCAGCGCUAUGACCUCCACCGCGUGCCCAGCGCCCCCCGCGCACUGGCGCACUGGCUCUGGGGCCACGAGCUCCUGACGUUCCAGGGCGAGGCGACCGAGACGUACACCAAGUGGGCCGCGCUCGCGGGCCCGUUCUUCCGCGUCAAGGGCGCGCUCUUCCACCCCGACAUCAUCGUGGCCGCCGACCACGGUGCCGUGCAGCACAUCUUCCAGAACUGCGAUGAUUACGUCAAGUCCCCGGCGUUCCGCCCGCCCGUCGCGAACGUCCUCGGCAAGGGCCUCGUGUGGGCCGAGGGCGACGACCACAAGACGCAGCGCCGCAUCAUCGCGCCGGCCUUCUCGUCGGAGGCCAUCAAGGGCAUGGCCGACGACGUUUCAGAGUGCUCCGAAAAGCUCGAGAGCAGGCUGACGAACCACAUCCUCGCUGCUGGCGGAGCCGCCACUGUGAACAUGAUCGAGUACGCUUCGACGUGCACCCUCGACAUCAUCGGCCGCGUCGCGUUCGGGCACGACUUCAAGGCGGGCCAGUCCACCGAGGCGCAGGAGAUCCACGCCUCGUGGGAGGGCCACGUGAACACCGGGCUCGGCUUCGGAGGGUUCGUCGCGAUGCUCGUGAUGCGCGCCGUGCCGUUCAUCACCCUGCUGCUCACGAAGCUCCCCGUGGAGGCGAUCCGCGCGGGCGGGCGCAUCCGCGAGAUCACGACGAAGCUCGCGAUGCGCCUGCUCGAGAGCGGGAACGUGAGCGAGAAGGGCAGGGACAUCAUGAGCAUCCUCGUCAAGGCCGAGAGGGAGUCGGGCGCCAAGGGCGGGAAGCGGGGCUUGACGCCGCAGCAGAUUGUCGACAACGUGAACACCUUCAUCAUGGUGGGCCACGAGACGACUGCGGGCUCGCUCGCGUUCACGCUCCUUGAGCUCGCGAAGAACCCGGCCGUUCAGCAGCGGCUCCGCGACGAGAUUCGCACCGUCGGGCGGGACCUCAGCUACGAUGACAUCCAGCGCCUUGAGUACCUCGACGCUGUCGUCAAGGAAGGCCUUCGCCUGCACCCCGCCUCCCCACAGACCGAGCGCGUCGCCCUCCGCGACGACGUCAUCCCCCUCUCCAAGCCGCUCACCACGCCCUCCGGCGAGACGCUCUCGUCGGUCCGCGUCCGCGCCGGCCAGGUCUUCCACAUCCCCUUCACCACCAUGCACGUCAACCCCGCGGUCUGGGGCCCCACGGCGACAAAGUUCGACCCUUCGCGCUGGCUCACCCCCGGGGGCGUCCCGCCCCCCAGCGAGCUCCCGCACGGCUGGAGCGGGCUCGUCACGUUCUGCGACGGGCCGCGCAACUGCAUCGGGUACCGCCUGGCGGUGUUCGAGUUCAAGGUCAUCCUCGCGACGCUCCUGCGCUCGCUCGAGUUCCACGAGACGACGGCGGUCGUGCGCGCGAAGAUCUCCCCGACGCUCCAGCCCGUCGUGGACGGCCGCGGCGGGCUGCUCCCGCUGCACGUCACGCUCGCCCAGUGAGCUGGAUGUACGACGCCAGCCUCUUUGUGACUGGGAUGACUCGCCAUGGAUGCUUUCAUAGGGCGUGCCUCGCGGUAGUCACGCCGUGCAGUCAAAAUCCCUCUUUUACUCUCCCCCACUUCACCUGAAUCCGACCAAAUUCGGUCCUUAGCUCUCGAUCCCACUUGAUUUUGCUCUCCCCAUCGUGGAUAGUACUUUGGUAUGAUUAUCUGCUACCAGUAUCCAGCGUACGUUAGGAGCAGGGCCCCGGUGGCAGCGCGGGGUGUGGAUAAUUUUUGGACGCUUUGUCUGCGGAGGAAGUGCGGUGUUACAGUACGCUUCGCGGUAGUUUGUUUCAGGCAGCAUUCGUUGGGCUGUUGGGCCGCAGAGGGGUGAGAUACGUUGAUAGCUUGGAGAAGUGC